AUGGGUGCUGUUACGCUGCUGGAUGGCGGCAUUGGCCACCUGCUCAAGGCCAAGGGCGUGGAGCGGCUGGUGCCGGGCCUGGAGUACGAGCAGCUCUUCCUGGCGGGAGCGGAUGUGAUCACGGUCAACAGCUUUGCCUGCACGGAGUGGUCGCUGGGGCGGAUAGGCAAGGCGGGGCUGCAGCAGGAGCUGCUGGAAGCGGCGGCGCGGCUGGCACGCGCGGCCGCGACAGAAGCGGCCAGCAGCGGCAGCGGGCGGCAGGUGCUGGUGGCAGGCUGCCUGCCGCCGCUGAGGGAGAGCUACCAGGCGCAGGCGAGCGGGCUGCGGGCCUUUGAGGAGAUGCAGCCAGAGUACAAUCUGCUGGCAGGCAAGCGCGACGCUGCGGUUCACCACUGCGACCUGCUGCUGUGCGAGACGCUUUCCACCUGCACCGAGGGGCUGGCGGCGGGCACCGCGGCCGCCGCCUCUGGCCUGCCCUGGUGGGCCAGCUGGACGAUUGAGGACCGGGACGACGACGCGGUGGUGGCGGUGGCGGAGCUGCCGGGGCUGGAAGCGGUGCUGGUCAACUGCUGCUCCCCGCAGGCGGUGGCCGCGGCGCUGCCGGUGCUCAAGGCGGCCGCACCGCCUGGCAAGACUACGAUGCAGGCAUGGCGGGGCAAGCUGGACGGGAUCAUCCUGGCGGAGGCCUACGCUCGGCAUGCGGCGCGCUGGGUGGAUCUGGGAGCCAGCAUCGUUGGGGGCUGCUGCGGCGUGGGGCCUCGCCACAUCGAGCUAAUCAGGCGGCGGCUGUAG